AUGGCACAGCAGGUGGUGUCUUCUGACUCUCUGCGAGACUGUAGGAAACCUCAUGAAUCCGUCAAGACCAGCGGCCAAAGUUGGACCACUCCAGGCUGUAGCCGGGUGGCAACAAAAAGCUGUCCUCAAGGGAAGCCUCCAGUGUUUCCUCCCAGCAAGGUAGCAUGUGGCCGUUUCUCCGCCGAGGAAUUUGCACCACUCAAGGAGAGGAAAGCAGGCCUGCAGUCUGAGAGCAAAGCUCCACCGUGUCGAUUUCACCAUCAAAGACAUGAAACUCAGGAGAGCAGGACAUUUUCACAUCCCAGGGCUCUUACUGCAGGGUCUGGUCUCCAUGGAGACCCUAUCUACCACACUACCAGGCCAUCAGACGCAGGUUAUGUGAAAUCUGCAGUGACCAAGACGACCCCUCCACAGGAAUCGUUCAUCUCCCAAGUGCCACUGAAAUUACAGAUCGAAGUGUCCGGCCAGAGGGGCAGUUUGGGCAUCAGUAUCGCUGGUGGAAAUGGCUCUCCGCCUUACAAAGACCAGGAUGAGGACAUUUUCAUUUCCCGGGUAGCUGAAGGGGGUCCGUCGGAGAGGGCAGGAAUCCAUGUUGGAGAUAGAUUGCUUGAGGUCAACGGCCUAAGCAUGCAGGGGGCCACUCACCAAGAGGCUGUCAGCGCCCUCAGGAAUGCUGGGAGCUGCAUUAAAAUGAUGGUUCUCAGAGAGAGGCUGCCUCCCCUGGAGAUGACUGACCUGGACGUGCUUCAGGAUCCUUCAGACCAGCAGCUGGACGGCGUGGGCUGUCUGUUCAGGAAGACUCAGGCAGUCAUCUGUAACGGCGGUGUUACUUCUGACUCUCAGCAGGACCGUCACAGAAUCAGCAGGUCUGAUACAGAGGUAUCAAAUGAAGACUCAUUCCCACGUGGCCAACACACAAUGACUAUCCCCUGGAUCAUCCUCACUCAUCCUUCCACCUCGGAUGAAGAUGUGGAGCUGCUGACACAGAUCCCCAGCCGAGAAACGCGUGGGGACAUUCCCAGUCCUGACAGGAGUGUGUUCUCUGACUGUUUUGACAAGGCUUGAUGGAGAACUGGGCAGUCCUCCUUUUUGUCAGAAGUGAAGCAUCUUUUAAAAGGUUAUUGAAGACUUUUCUCAAGAAAUAUUGCACUGUGAAAAGCUCUUUUUUUACUGCUAAAAGAAAAUUAUUUAUAUAUAUAUAUAUAUAU